CUUCAUUCCACCUUCCACGGGAAUCGGAACUCGGUUCAGUAUGGCAGUCACGUCUCAGUUUACUAUCGAAAACAGCCUGAACCAUUCCCUUCUACAUCCACAUCAUGUCGUCUUCUUCUGCUCCAAACCUGACUUUAGGUCAAUCUUCCAGCGAGUCACAUGGUAUCUCGCCACUUCCUCCCAUGCCAGCGCGGGAACCACUUCCUCUCGAGAAUCCGUGUCGUGAAACCACCGUCGAAGGGGUUGUCUUCGUUCUCCGCCUCAAUGACCCUAAUCUCACCGUUCAGCACUUGGAAGAUUUCGACUGGCGCGAGCGUGACAGACUUAUCGUCCGCAUCAAUCCAACCUACGACUCUACUGACCCGGACAAACUACACAUGAUCAAUUGGGAAAAUCGUCACACAUACAUGACGCCGUUGGUCAAGAGGGCAAAGGCUAUCGGAAAUGCUCUGGCAAAGAUUCUCGGGGCAUCUGUCGAUGCUGGUUUUAUGUGCGUCAAGGUGGAAAUUGGAAAUUGCUAGCUACGAGCCAGACAAUCCAAUAGGACGCUCGAUGGGAAGCCAGUAUUCAGAGCUAUACCGGCCUGGCGUCUUGAUCAAGUCGCCGAAAUUCUGGCCGCGUUCGACUGGAUCAAUCCUGAGUCGGUCCAGAGAUGCAUCCUCGGAACACGCGUGUUCUGGCCAUAUGUCAGUCUGCCCCAACUCGCCAUGAGGAUGAGUGCCUCGUGGCACGAUCAACUCAGAAGCGAGUCAACCACUGAACGGACCCCGGAGCAAGUGGCCGAAUACAUCUGGCAGUGCUGUCACGAUACCCUACAGGUGUCGUAUUCAAGAGGUGCUGUCCCACACAUACCAUACGAGGCGCAGAAAACUUGGGAAUGCCUCGGCAUGCAAUUGUUGCGAGAGGUUUAUUGCGUUGACAACCUCCACCACGCUCAUUCUCUCCCCUCGUCCGUCAAUCCUGUCGAAGACAAACGAAUUCGCCCCAGAAUUGAUGAGAUCUACUCGGGCGCUGACAUGAUAGUCAAAGACGACGAAGAGGACUUCCUCUACAUGCAUCCAAAAGCGCCCGCAGCUACUCUUGCAGGAGACAUUCUAGGAGACACUCAGGGAAGUCACCCGUGAAAGUUGGAGAGGCAGAGAAGGAGACUGUGUUCGAUCGCAGAUGUGGGUUUGGUCAAAGCAUUGCGGAAUAUUGGGUGUGGUCUUGGAGUUACUUCUUGUUUCCCUUCGUUGUUGCAUUGGUCCAGGACAUAUCGCCCAAGCAUGUUGAAUUAACACUGUGAGCUAGCACUGACAAUUGAUAUUUGCAUUGCUGAUGG